AUGUUUUUUGAGGUGCAAAAGGAAAUGAACAAGGCAUUAUGGUUUUGUGGGGUCGUCGAUGUAGUAGAGGUAGGGGAUAAGAAGAUUUACAGUAUUACACAUAAGAACAAGAAUUAUGAGAUCAAAGCUACGUACAAGGUGGUUCAUGAUGUAGGGGAUGAUUCUUUUGAUUGUAGUUGCAACCAUUUUGUUCGCAAUGGUAUAUUAUGUCGCCACGCGUUUAAGGUAAUGUUAAAUUCUGAGGUGCAAUGUAUACCCGAGAAGUACAUCUUACCGCGAUGGAGACGAGAGUUAGUUCUAGUAGAGCUGUUGCCGGCUCAUGUUAGGUAUGGUGAAAUGGAUGUUGAGAAAAAAGCUUUGAUCAACCAGGCUACGUCAAUGUUUGAUCUUAUUAUUGGGCGUGUACGGAAUGAUAAGGGAGCAUUGACAGAGUUUGUGGAGCGAUUGGAACGUUUGGGUGAUGAAAUUUCGGUGGACAUUCCAAUAUUGACAGGUACUGAACAGAAGAGAAAUGAUAUUCAGGAGCUAUUAUGUGUUUCCGAACCUGAAUCGGUUGAUGUCUUACCACCAAAAGGGAUAC